AUGUCAGCGUAUCAACCAGAUCCGAUGGAUACAAUAUAUGCAUUUUGUAAAGCACGUAACUAUUUUGGUCAAUCUAGUACCAUGAUAUAUCGUUGGCUGUUAACUAUGGCUUGCAUUGAUCGAUAUACUUCAUCAACAGCUAAUGCUCGUAUACGCAGGUUUGCUGAUCCACAUAUUGCUUCUUGUGUUGUAUUGAUUAUUGCCAUCAUUUGGAUGAUAUUACCUUUGCAUAAUUGGAUUUUUCGUAUGAUCAAUGAGAGCGGAUGUACUUGGUCUCCCUCUCUUGUUGCAACGUAUAAUAGUGCUUUGGUAGUUAUAUUUGGUUUCACAGUUCCAACAACAGUUAUGAUUACAUGUGCUGUGCUCAUUAAUAAUAAUCUUAGGCAUAAACGCAUUCGUCGUCAAAAUAUCGUUUCGCCAAUAGGUGAGAAUCAAGCGAAUCGUUUAGUCAGAGCACGUGAUCGGCAAACAUUAGUCAUGUUAUAUGUUGAAAUCAUUUUUUAUAUAAUCUUCACAUUACCUUGGACGAUUUUUACAGUAUAUUAUGUUUUAACGGUCUCCGUCACACACAAGACGAACGAUCAAAUAGCUAUUGAAGGAUUUCUUCAAUUUCUGACGGAAACGCUCGUUUAUUUGUAUCCGACUUUGUCAUUCUAUUUAUAUACAUUAGCAUCGCAUACAUUUCGUCAAGAGUUAGUAAAAAUUAUAUCUGCUAUCAUCAUCACCAACAAUCAAUGCUACGAUCGUAUUCGGCGUAUUGUCCCGAAUUAA